AUGGCCUAUGCGAGACGGUCCCUGUCCGCGCGGAUGAAGGACUUCCUCAGGGGCUGGGUAGUUGCUGGAUUGCCCCCGAACCUGAAGAAGCGCGCGCUCGUGCUGGCGAUGAUCGACGACAGAGCCGAGCUCAACUCUGAGUUUUCAGAA